UUUUACCGGGCACGUGGUUUUGAAUAUCACCAUAGGACGCCGAAGUUUCAUUAAAAUAAAACCCAGAAAUGAAUAUUUCUGAUGAAGAAACAAAUUAUGUGAACCAGUGCACAAGUACAGUUAAAAUUGAAAGAGAUGAACUUAACGGUUAUAUGUUUGAAAGUAUAAUAGAAAUAAAUGACACCCAAUUAAUAGAAAAAAAUGUUCAUUGUGCCAAUCCAAUAGUAAAUUUUAAUGAUGAUUGUCCUACUAUUGAUGAUGAUUGUUCAACUGUUAGUGAACAGUUACACAAUGAAAAAAAUCAAUACCAGUGUAAUAUAUUUAAUAAGGAACUUCAUGACAAAUACAACUUAGAAGUUCACAAAUCAUUUCAUGCAAAUAUCAAGAAAUUUGAAUGUACUACUUGUGGUGUGCAAUUUUUGGAUUUAGGUGAUCUUAAAAGUCAUUUGAUAUCUCAUAUAGACCAUAAUAUACAAUUGAUUGAAAAUCAAUUUGUCCAACAAGAACGUAAUAGAAUUGAUGUUGAUGAAUGUAAUAGUAAUUUAUGUAAUAAUAGUACCACACUUGAAGGAUUAAAGAAAAGUUAUUACGACAGUGGAGUUCCUAUUCAAAAUGGAAUAAUUAUCAAAAUUUCAUUGGGGUGUUCAGUUGUUCAAAUUGAACAACCAAAUAUUGAAAAUCUUUUAUUAACUAAAGUUUAUAGUAUUGAUUCAAGAAAUAAUGUUGAUUCAGAUUUAAAUGUUGUAAAUGCAGUUAAUUCUGUUGUUCCAGUACAUCAUGAAUCUGUUAAUGUGGCUGAAUCAUUUAAUGCAAGUUCAGGUAAUUCAAAAGAAUAUAAAAAUGAUAAAGUUUAUGAAUGCUCAAAAUGCAGUAGAUUAUUUUAUGAUCGUUCAAGUAUUAUAGAUCAUCUAAACCCUAAUACAUAUCAUUGUACCAACUGUUGUAAGUACAUUGGUAUUUUGUCUUCGAAAUACCCUGUUAGGCUUAAACCAAGAUCACCAGUAUAUUUUGAAUGUGAUGAAUGUUACAAUGAGUUUUAUACACUCAAGAGCUUUUGUAAAUAUACAAGUACACAAAGUAAAACAAAAAAAGACAGGCCAUACAAGUGUGGUGUUUGUCUAAAAACACAUAUAAAUUGUUAUCACUUUGCUGCUCAUCAACGAUUACAUAAAGGUGAGAGACCAUACCGGUGUUAUGUUUGUAAUAAACUUUUUCAUGCCAGGUUUAAUUUAGAAGCUCACUUGUUUUCGCAUCAAAACAUCAAGAGAUUUGAGUGCUCUUUGUGCUCAAAAAUGUUCUUUAAAUUAAAGUAUCUCAACAUUCAUACAAGGUCUCAUCAUUCUUUCAAAAAUAAAUGCAACAUAUGUGAUGAAGAAUUUGAAUCAUUGAAUUCUUUGCAAAUGCAUCAGGAUGUCCAUUUUAAAUACAAACCUCAUACAUGUAUUAAAUGUGGCAAAUCAUUUUCAAAACUUCAAUCUUUUGCACAGCAUUUGAAAAAGCACAGGGGUUUAAAACCGUACAAAUGUGCUGUGUGUUAUAAAAGUUUUAAAACUUAUUUUGGUUUUAUAUGUCAUAAAAGAGAAUCUAAUGGAGAAAAGCCUUACAUGUGUAAUAUUUGUGAAGAUGAAUUUACUCAAUUAAUCGAUUUUAAAAAACAUAAGAAAACACAUUAUGAUAAUAAAAUGUUUGAAUGCGACAAAUGCCAUAAAAACUUUGUCAGUAAACCUAGUAUCAGAGUACAUUUAAAAACACACAAAGAAUGAAAAGAACAUACAUGUAAAGUAUGUAAUAAAAAAUUUGCAAAUAAACAUAAUUUAUAUGCACAUGAAAAAAUUCAUAAAGAUUUUAAACAAUAUAUUUGUAACAUAUGUAAAAAGCAUUUUAUUUCUCGUCGUAAUUUUACUUAUCAUUUAAAUCAACACACAGGUGUCAGGCCAAACCAGUGUAAAUUCGAGUUACCCAACGUAUUCAUCAGUUCAAUCUCUAAAUAGACACAAAAAAGAAUAAAGAUAAUCACAUGUGAUAUUUGUAAUAAAUCUUAUAGUAACCCUAAAGAACUCAAGGUUCACAAGACUACACAUGAAAAAUCUACAUGGAAGCAAUAUGUAUGCCAAUUAUGUGACAAAGCAUUUAGCAAACUUGUAUUAUUGAGAAAUCAUGAUUUAACUCAUCUGGAUUAAAAACCAUACAAUUGUGACAUUUGUCCAAAGUCUAUUACAAGUCGAACUGCUCUAACGGUUCAUAAAAGACAGCAUACUGGUGAAGGACCAUACAAAUGCAAAUCAUGUACUAAGUCAUACCCACAAAUAUGUUCAUUAGCUCGACACGAAGUUAGUGUACACAAAUAAAUAUUUUAAGAUGUUCAUUACUCAAUUUAAAGUUCAAGCAUUAAACAUAAAUGAGUCAAAUGGAUUCUUCACAACAUACAAUUGUCUAAGUUAUGUGUUGGUGCAACGGAGAUAAUGCACAAGGGUAUGAUAUCCUCUUAAGUUAGAACUUUUAUACUUAUUUAGAGCUAAUUUUUGUCGAAUUUAUAUAACAGCAAAUAUUAUUUGAGCACUACUUAAAAGAAAUCAAAUGCUUUUGAGUUACAUAUUAAAUAUUUAUACUGUAGUAUGAGUAGUGGGUACAAGUAUUAAGCCACUUGACUACUUGAGUUACAAAAGGUUAAACAAUUGUAAAACUAAUUUCUUUGUGGUUAUACAUAGAAAAAAAAUGUAUAAUACCUAAAUUGAAAUUGAUUUAACGUAAUCCAAUAUAAUUUUUUUUUUUUUUAGAAUAUUUGUUUGUGAAAUAAAUUUUUAUUUAUUUAAUUGUUAAUAUUAUAUUAAUUUAGCUGUACAUUAAAAAAAAAAAAAACUUAUAUUGUAUUAUAUUAUGUAAGCAUAAUAAUGUAAAAUUGAACUAUUUUGAUUUUGUAAUGCAUAAGUACAGUAGAACUCCGAUUAUCC